AUGACGGAAAGGGGCGAAGGACACAAACGAUCGAAGAGUGCGUUGGCCCUUGCAAUUUUACAUCGGGAUAAAUCAAAAGACAUCAACGACGAUCUGCCUGGUCGCGAAAGUGGUUCGCUUGAGUCUGGCGCGUCCUCUCCGGUUAACAGCACCUCCUCUUUCUCGCUCCUGUCACAUAAGAAUAGCAACCGCCGAAAGUCGCCCCAAGAGGCAAACUCACCUCCCAUGAACUCGGAGACAACGCUUGAGCCAGCCGGCUCCAAUCAUAGCACAGAAAAUGUCGAGAAAAUGCCUACUCUAGCUCAUUCAGCGAUUGGAAGCAUGACACUUGAACAAUCCGUGCGCACCUUUCGACUAUUCGAGAUCCUGCGGAGCGGGGACACAAAUGCGAUAUCGAAAGCGAUUAAGGAGACCAGUGAACCUCAAGGGGCAGGCGCUUUGACUGGCACAACGAUUCUGCAUUUAGCAGUUCAAUGUGCGGAGCCGCAGGUAGUCGAAUUCGUCUUGUCUAUGGGAGAUGACCUGGAUAUCAACGCCCGCGAUCGGGAUGGGAAUACCCCUCUUCAUCUUGCGGCCCAGCUAGGAAGAGGACCUCUAGUGCGCGAGUUGUUGAAUCGUCCAUCAGUGAAUGAUUCGAUCGUCAACUACCGUGGCCAGACUGCCCUUGAUGUUGCGCGUAACCCGGAAAUAUUUCAGCAGCUCCAGCUUGCAAGAUCUCUAUUUAUUGACAGCAAGACACAAGAAAUUCAGCUCCUUGUGUCUCAAGGCGAUUACGAUAAUCUUGAGAAGGUAUUGGAAGAGCCGCGCGUGGAGGGAUUAUUAGAUGUGAACAGCCUGGACUUGGUCACCGACCCGACUACCGCACAGACUGGAGGUACCUUGCUGCAUGAGGGCGCUAGAAAAAAAGAUACAAGACUCAUCCAGAUUCUACUGAUGCACGGAGCUGAUCCUUUUCGGCGCGACAAGAAAGGUAAGCUACCUCAAGAUGUUACGAAAGACGAUAAGACACGUGCCAUUGUCAAAAGAUCUCCUGCCGCAGUUAUCGCACAGCGUGGCAUUCAAGAGAAAGCCAUCCUCGGCAGCAGCCCCGCUCAAGGUGUCUCUGGACGGUCAGGCGCAGGUGAGGCGCCGCUCGCGGGCAAAGAUGCGCGUGAAAUGAGAGGCUAUUUAAAGAAAUGGACGAAUUAUACCAGUGGAUAUAAGCUGCGAUGGUUCGUGCUUGAAGAUGGCGUCCUGAGUUACUACAAACAUCAAGACGAUGCGGGCUCUGCUUGUCGCGGCGCGAUAAAUAUGAAGAUCGCUAGACUCAGCAUGGACGCGCAGGACAAGACGCGAUUUGAAAUACAUGGAAAGUCGUCUGUCAAAUAUCAUCUCAAAGCGAACCAUGUCGUGGAGGCUAAGCGCUGGUUCUGGACCCUGAACAACGCUAUACAAUGGGCGAAAGACGAAGCCAAAGAGGAACAGAAACGUCAGACAAGACAUGCUGAGGCACUUCGCCAGGCGAAGAUGGACCAGAUCGAAGGCCGGAGUCCAACAGAGACUGCAUCCGAAUCCCCGAACCUGGCCGCCACCAAGUCAAAUGGGAAAGGUCUAGCACCUCCUUCUUUUAGCGUGCCAAGUGGCAGCACUCACAGACUCACCACAUAUGCGUCUCGUACAACCCUUGACAGCGUACCUGCAGAUGAGGAAGCCUCAAUACACGGUUCUUACGACCAGAGUGUUUUGCAGAACGAGGUGAAUCGGGUGGUCAGUCAUGUGACUAGCCAGCCGGAUGGCGAAGGCGACGAGGACGAUUAUGGCGAGUAUGCGUCUAGUCGCGAUAUCAGUUCUUCGGAUAAAGAUGCGCUGAACAUCACGGCGCAAUCUGCAAAACUUCAACUCGAGAUUCUGGCCAACGUCGCCUCUGCGUUGCAAGCCGAGAAAUCUAAGGAUCCGAACGUGCCAAUCUCGGACCCCACCGUUAGCCAAGCCCUUGUAGCUUAUGAGGCGGCUGUAAGCAGCCUGCAAGGUCUGGUCCAAAACCUUCUCAAGAUAUCGCGGGAUCGCGAUUCUUAUUGGCAAUAUCGACUCAACAGAGAGGCUUAUCUUCGCAAAAUGUGGGAAGAAAGCAUGGCGCGAAUUGCACAGGAGCACGAAGAACUGCAAUCGAAGAUGGGGGAAUCCGAAGAGAAGCGCAGACGUACUAAGCGAGCUCUCAAAGAAGCUCUGGAAAGCGUGUCCGCGCGCACCAGCCGUCGUGGCAGCAAGGUUCCGUCCCGCAUACAAGUCUCUGGGGAAGACAGCCGUGUUGGCGGAGAUAAAGCAGAAGAACAAGUUGCACAGCCCGUGGAAUACGUGACGGAAUUCGAGGAGGAGGAGGAGUCUGGGAAGUCUCUGCGUCGCAAGAGGUCGGCCCUCUCUCGCAUCAGCAGUCUGUACGAUUCUGCAUCGGACGACGAUGAAGAAUUUUUUGAUGCUAUCGACGCUGGCGAGAUAGAGGUGGAAGACAUGACGACCUCGAAAUUGGUCGAGGAAGAGAAGGAAAAGCCAGAAUUAGAAAGCACGGAACUCCGAGCUGUGAAACGGAACGAGAUAGUCCCCUCUUUCAAGGGCUACGAAGAGCCUGUACGGACAAGACUCAAACUGGACAACGACAAUAGACCGAAAAUUUCCUUGUGGGGAAUUCUGAAAUCCAUGAUCGGCAAGGACAUGACAAAGAUGACUCUACCAGUAUCUUUCAAUGAGCCGACAUCACUGCUUCAACGAGUAGCGGAGGACUUAGAAUAUGCUGACCUUCUGGAUAUCGCUGCUGACCGAUCCGACUCGAUGGAGCGUUUGGUGUAUGUAGCUGCUUACGCAGCGAGCGAGUAUGCUUCAACAAUCGGCCGUGUGGCAAAGCCUUUCAAUCCUCUUCUCGGAGAGACCUUCGAAUAUGCGCGGCCCGACAAGGGAUAUCGGUUCUUCAUUGAGCAGGUUAGCCACCACCCACCAAUUGGCGCAGCGUGGGCCGAGUCACCGAAGUGGGAUUAUUGGGGAGAGUCUGCUCUCAAGUCGAAAUUCUACGGCAAAUCAUUCGAUAUCAACCUCCUUGGAACCUGGUUUCUGAAACUGCGUCCCGUGUCAGGCGGAGAGGAGCUUUACACAUGGAAGAAAGUUACCUCGUCUGUCAUUGGCAUUAUCACAGGCAAUCCCACUGUUGACAAUUACGGUCUGAUGGAAAUCAAAAACUGGACUACCGGCGAGGUUUGCUACCUGGAUUUCAAACCGAGAGGCUGGAAGGCAUCUUCUGCGUACCAGGUGACUGGCAAAGUUGUUGAUCGCGACGGAUCACCGAGAUGGAGUAUUGGUGGGCGCUGGAAUGAUAAAAUCUACGCACGCCAUACCCCUGGGUUCGAAGCGCAAGUGUCCGGUCAGGAUCCCGAAUCGGCUAAGACCUUUCUGGUUUGGCAGAGCCAUCCUCGGCCAAGUGGAAUUCCUUUCAAUCUGACACCCUUUGUCAUCACACUGAAUGCUCUUCCAGAAGGGUUGCAAGAACAUCUCCCUCCUACUGACACGCGACUCCGCCCUGAUCAGCGUGCAAUGGAAGACGGCGAGUACGACUUGGCUGCCAAUGAAAAACAUCGGGUUGAAGAAAAGCAGCGGGCGAAGCGUCGGGAGAGGGAGGCUAGAGGCGAGGAGUACCGCCCUCAGUGGUUCACCAGGGCUAAAUGUCCGAUCACUGGAGAGGAAUAUUGGGCGCACAAUGGAAAGUAUUGGGAAUGUAGAGAAAGACAUGACUGGAGUGCCAGCGAAGAUAUCUUCUGA